AUGAACGAGGAGGGACAUACUGACGAUAUCAUGCCCGAUAUCUACAGGGCCCCCGAGGUCGUUAUGCACAUGAGAUGGAAUGUAAAGGUUGAUAUCUGGAGCGUUGCGAUGGUGGCCUGGGAUCUUGUUGCUCCCCACCCCAUGUUCAACCGUCAGCACCCAGAGACUGGAGAACCUGAUGAUAGGUAUCUCAUUGCGCAGUUCGCCGCUAUCCUGGGCCCACCACCUGUCGAAUUCUGGAGCCAGAGCAAACUAUGUCAGGCCUUUUGGGAUGAAAAUGGGAACUGGAAAAAUGUGGUUCCUCUCCCAGAGAUAUCUCUCGAGGGGCUAGCUGCAGAUAUUGAGGGUGAAGAUGUGCCAGGCUUCCUACGCUUUCUGCGGAGGAUCCUUCGCUGGCUCCCCGAGCAGCGUCCGACGACCGAGGAGCUGAUCUACGAUCCAUGGUUGCUAGCGGGCCUUGGAAGUGGAAUCCAGGGACAAAUCAAAGCUGACAAAGACCCUCUGCCUGUGAGCUGA